CCUCUUUCUUUCUCUAGAAUUCCCCAUCUCUCUCUAUGUCUCUCCCCCUUUUUCCAGUCUCUCACUUUCAAUAUCUGUAGCCUGAGAAGGUCUUCGUAAAAGAAAAUGGAGGCAGCGAUGGGAUUGAUGAGAAGGAUGCCACCAAAGCACGCAGAGACGGCUCUCUCUGCUCUGCUAAGUGUAUUGCCUGAGCACUCUUCUGAUCUCCUCUCUCAAGUCGAUCAGCCUCUUCAGGUUCUAUGUGAUGUGAACUGUGGGAAGGAAUUCAUAUUGUGUGAAUACAACAGAGAUGCUGACUCUUAUAGAUCACCCUGGUCAAAUAAAUAUCAUCCAACAUUGGAAGACGGUCCUCACCCAUCUCAAGAGCUGAGGAAACUUGAGAUUGAAGCAAAUGAUGUCUUUGCAAUUUAUUGUGACCAGUAUUAUGAAGGUGGCAUUUCAUCAGUAUAUAUGUGGGAUGACGAGAAUGAAGGCUUUGCAGCUUGUUUCCUAAUAAAGAAAGAUGGCUCGAAGUCAGGACAUGGCAGAAGAGGCCAUCUGCAGGAGGGAGCAUGGGAUGCUAUACAUGUUAUUGAGGUGGGGCCAGAGGAGGAAGGAACAGCCCAUUACUGUUUAACGAGUACCGUGAUGCUGUCAUUGACUACAAACAAUGAAUCAUCAGGAACCUUUAAUUUGUCAGGAUCAAUUAGAAGACAGCUUAGUUUCACUGGAGAAAAUAGUUAA